UAUAUAAAUCCCAGAUUCUUACGCGAAUUUGAAGAUUUCAGAGAAACGAAGAAGAUGGCGAGACUGGGUGGGGCGAGAGAGAGAAGAGACGGUCGUUACAAGGGAGUGAGGAUGAGGAAGUGGGGGAAAUGGGUUGCGGAGAUUCGGCAACCCAACAGCCGAGGCAGAAUUUGGUUAGGGUCGUACAGGACGGCUGAGGAAGCAGCGAGAGCGUACGAUGCGGCUGUUUUGUACUUGCGUGGACCGUCCGCAGUGCUUAAUUUCCCUGCAGAUCCUCCGGAUAUACCCACGGUCGCAGGCCUCUCGCCCUCCCAGAUUCAGGAAGCCGCCUUGCGGCAUGCCCGUCGAGUUCAGUCGUCCGGGAUGCAUACGGUGUCAUCUGAAGCAUUUGGUGGGUUCUCAGUAGGUGUCUAGGUGACCGUUGCUUGUUUGUAGAGCAAUCGAGUGGGAAAUUUAGGGAGUGCUUCCGGUGGGGCAUUUUGUCAUACACUUGGUGUGCGGACAUCUCAUGGGAAGAAAAAGGAAAUCUGCAGUUCUAUUUGAUUGUCAACCCUCUUGGAACGAUUGAGUUGGAGACAUCGGUGUCAUUAACACUUCAAUUUUUUUCUUGGUUUUGUUAGGAUCCUUCUUUUUAAUGUAAAUUAGAGAUCCCAUUCGUUUUCUUCUUCGUUUUAUAUGUGUUGUGAAUUAUUUAUUAUAUGCUAUACAAAAUUACCCGAUCUUGCG